CAGCUGCCACUUUCAGGCGUCGCCUCUCUCCCAACUUCUUCUUCUCCAAAGGAAAUUGUGUCAAUUAAGGGAGGCGUUUGCCCAAAAGCAAAGCUAACUUCUUCUUCUUCGUCUACUUGCCGAUCUCAGUUGCCGCCGCCGGCGUACUUGUUGCUCGCCUCCGCUGCGCUGCGGGCUCAUCUAGCUGCUCCAGCGCGCCGCCCAAGCGGCCUGAUCCCGAUCGCAUUCCUCUUCGUCCUCACUCUUUCUUCCUCCAUCCAGUUCCCGAUCCCCUCACCUCGCGCGCCCGCGCGCCGCCGCCCUCACCUCGCGCGCCUGCCGCUCCCUCUCGCGGACUCCUGCGCCGCAGCCUCGCAACCCCACGCGCCCUCGCGCCCCGGCCGCCGCAUCUCACUUCCUCGCGCAUCGGCCGCCCCCCCUCUCGCGCAUCUGCGCUCUCACGCCGCCCGAAGACGCCCGUCUCUGCUGCUCUCCCGCCGCCGGCGCCGCAGGUCAGCACCAUGCUGGGGAGGAGGAGAAAGUUGCAAUCUGCAGCCUUGCUCGUUUUUUAUUUCUGCUCAUCUGCGGGGAUAAUAUGCAGAGCACAGUUAGAUCAAUUCAAGCCGGCUGACAGCUACCUCGUUGAUUGCGGCUCUGCUAAGGGCACGACGGUCACCGAGAGGAACUUCGCUGCCGACGGGGCGUCUCCGGUGACAGUGUCCACCUCUCAAGAAAUUCUUGCUGGCACCUCGGCCAAUGGGGUGUCCUCUUUCGACAACUCGGCACUUUACCAGACGGCGCGCAUAUUCACGAGCCCGUCGUCCUAUACCUUCCCGAUCAAUAAGCAAGGCCGGCAUUUCGUCCGUCUCUACUUCUUCCCUUUCAUCUACCAGAGCUAUGAUCUCUCCAGCGCCAAGUUUACGGUGUCGACCCAAGAUGUGCUUCUGCUUAGUGACUUCCAGCAGCCAGACAAGACUGCACCACUGUUCAAGGAAUACUCUUUGAACAUCACCCGUGACAAUCUUAUUAUCUCCUUCAAGCCGUCGAACGGAAUUGCCUUCAUCAAUGCAAUUGAAGUGGUUUCGGUCCCAGACGAUCUCAUAGCUGAUGUUGCCCAGAUGGUCAACCCUGUGCAGCAGUACAGCGGUUUGUCUACGCAGUCAUUGGAGACGGUGUAUCGCGUCAAUAUGGGUGGUCCAAAGGUCACUGCGAACAAUGAUACCCUCUCAAGGACAUGGCUGAGUGAUCAGAAGUUCAUACUGAACCCUAGUGUGACCAAAAAGGUUGUUUAUGGCAAGGCAAUCAAGUACAAGAAUGGUGGAGCAACGCCACUGACUGCCCCUGAUAUUGUCUAUGGUACAGCAACAGAAUUGGCUGCUUCAAAUACAUCCAAUGCACUUUUCAACAUGACGUGGCAGUUUGAUGUAGAUGCAGGGUUUAGCUAUUUGAUAAGAUUUCACUUCUGUGAUAUUGUCAGUAAGGCACUUAACCAGCUCUACUUUAAUGCAUAUGUGGGGGGUUUCUUUGCACAACAUGAUCUUGAUCUCUCAGAACAAUCGAUGAAUCAAUUGGCUACUGCUAUCUAUGUUGAUGUGGUUCUUUCAUCUAACGAUGCAUCUAGCAAGCUCAGCAUCAGCAUUGGUCCAUCUACCUUGAACAACGCAUUCCCUGAUGGCAUUCUAAAUGGCCUUGAGGUUAUGAAGAUGGGCAGUGGCUCAGGUUCUGCUUUUACUGUUGGAUCUUCUGGUGCAAAGAAAAAUCUGGUUGUGAUUACUGGUUCAGUCCUUGGGGUUAUUGGACUUUUGGUAAUUAUCCUUGUGCUGGUACUGCUUUGCCGGAGGAAGAAGACUGAUGACAAGACACACUCCAAGACUUGGAUGCCUUUCUCUAUUAAUGGUCUCACAUCUCUCAGUACAGGAAGUAGAACUUCUUAUGGUACUACUCUCACAUCAGGUCUGAAUGGAAGCUUUGGAUAUCGAUUUGCCUUCAAUGUUCUCCAAGAAGCAACAAACAAUUUUGACGAGAACUGGGUCAUUGGAGUUGGAGGUUUUGGGAAAGUGUACAAGGGAGUGUUGAGGGAUGACACGAAGGUUGCAGUGAAGCGAGGAAACCCCAAGUCUCAGCAAGGUCUUAAUGAGUUCCGUACAGAGAUUGAGCUCCUUUCACGUUUGCGUCACCGUCAUCUGGUGUCUCUGAUUGGGUACUGUGAUGAAAGGAAUGAGAUGAUCUUGGUAUAUGAAUAUAUGGAGAAUGGGACCGUCAAAAGCCACCUAUAUGGUUCAGACAACCCAUCGCUCAACUGGAAGCAGCGCUUGGAGAUCUGCAUUGGAGCUGCAAGGGGGUUACACUAUCUUCAUACUGGUUCUGCAAAGGCCAUUAUCCACCGUGAUGUCAAGUCUGCAAACAUCUUGCUUGAUGAGAAUUUCCUUGCAAAAGUUGCUGACUUUGGGCUAUCAAAGACUGGGCCUGAGCUUGAUCAAACUCAUGUCAGCACUGCAGUGAAGGGUAGCUUUGGGUAUCUUGACCCUGAAUAUUUUCGAAGGCAGCAGCUGACUGAGAAGUCAGAUGUCUAUUCCUUUGGCGUUGUCAUGCUGGAGGUGCUUUGCGCGAGGCCGGUGAUUGACCCUACACUCCCGAGGGAAAUGGUGAAUCUAGCAGAGUGGGGAAUGAAAUGGCAGAAGAGAGGAGAGUUGCAUCAGAUCGUUGAUCAGAGACUUUCCAGUACGAUCAGGCCGGAUUCUCUAAGGAAGUUUGGUGAAACAGUAGAGAAGUGCCUGGCAGACUACGGUGUGGAGCGGCCGUCGAUGGGAGAUGUCCUAUGGAACUUGGAGUAUGUCCUGCAGCUCCAAGAUGCAGAUUCUUCAACAGUAUCAGACGUGAACAGCAUGAACCGGAUCGUUGACCUCUCGUCGCAGGUUCAGCAUGUGGGUGCUCUUGAGAGCAUCAGCGUGACUAUGGCAGAAGCUGGGGCUUCACACGAGCCUGACCACGACCUUUCCGAUGUGUCGAUGAGCAGGGUUUUCUCUCAGCUAAUCAAAGCUGAGGGAAGGUGAAAGCAUAUCAGAUGAUCCAUCCAGGGCACCUAUAGAAGCAAGAGUAUGCCUUGCAAACUAGUAUUUCCGUAUCACAAGCUUACUUGAGAUACCACGUGUAAUUGGUUGUUUCAUGCCAUAUGAUUGUACUGAACCAUGGUUCCAUUUUCUCUCAGCUAAUCAAAGCUAUAUCUUGUUGUUGUAUGGAA